AUGGCUCCAAAUCGGGGUUACCACGAUGGCCAGCUUGCUGUUGACGCGACACCCGCUGGCGGCAAUAGCGGCGGAGACUCUUUCAGGCAAAGUCCGGCCAUACAGGGCCGCAGUUUCACGAUCCGCGGCGUUGUGGUCGGUUUGCUCGUGGGCCUGGUCAUCUGCUUCUCAAAUAUGUACUUUGGAUUGCAGACGGGCUGGGUGAGCACCAUGACCAUGCCCGCCAGCCUGAUGGGGUUUGGCAUUUUCAAGGCGCUCGCGCGUCACUUGAAGUUUCCAUUUAGCCCUGUCGAGAACGUCCUUGUUCAGACUGUUGCGGGGAGUAUGGCCAUUAUGCCUCUCGGAUGUGGCUUCGUCGGUGUUAUCCCCGCCAUGAACUACCUUCUCACGACCGAUGAGCAAGGGCCACUCCAUAUCAGCUUAUGGAAGUUGAUCCUAUGGUCCCUGGGUCUAUGUUACUUCGGUGUCGUUUUCGCCGUUCCUCUACGUCGGCAGGUCAUCAUACGCGAAAGGCUGCGCUUUCCGAGUGGCUUCAGCACAGCCGUCCUCAUUGGCGUGCUACACGGACAGACACGUAUCUCAAAUUCAGGUGGGUCGGAAGACACCGUAGCUGGUGGGUUCGCGAGUCUAGUGCCGGACCCUGACGAGGCGACUGUCAUGGACAACAGUCGCACCGCUACAGGCGCAGAUGCCGAACAUGGCCGCAUCGCAGGGUCGGAACCUGAUGUCCAUCAGGACUGGGCCGGGAACAUGAGGUUGCUGCUGAUUUGCUUCGGAGUCUCGGGUCUCUAUACGCUUUGCUCUUACUUCCUACCCAGCCUGCGCAACAUUCCCGUCUUUGGGACCGAAGCCGCCAGCAUCUGGCUGUGGACACUGAAUCCGAGCCCUGCUUACAUAGGGCAAGGAAUCAUUAUGGGACCCGAGACCACCCUGCAUAUGCUUCUGGGUGCAGCAGUGGGGUGGGGUAUUCUCUCACCUCUGGCCAAAUACAAUGGAUGGGCACCUGGCUCGAUUGAUGACUGGGAGACUGGAAGUAAAGGCUGGAUCGUAUGGGUCUCGUUGGCUAUUAUGCUUGCUGAUGCCAUCGUGAGCCUUGGUCAUAUUGCCUUUCGGCCACUCUGCCAUCGGUUGAGUAUUUUGACUGGCAAUACGUUUUCGCAACGAGGAUUGCACAUCUGGCGGAAGCUUGUCCGGUCCCAGGACCAAUCUAGGCAAGGUUACUCGGCUUUGAGCACCGAAGAGGAGACAGAAGCAACCAGCACGUCGCGUCUUCUGCCCGACCAAGGACCAAACACGAUUGCGCAUCGCAGAGCUUCGGUUUUGCCUGACAACUAUACGGAGGAAGACGAUGCAGAUGCACCACCUGAGCAACAGAUUAGCAAUCGUCUGGUCUCAGUGGGGCUUGUUCUAUCUGUUCUUCUUUGCAUCAUGACGAUCCAUAUUGUCUUUGGCGAUCUUGUCCCGCUUUAUGCGACCAUAGUUGCUGUUCUCAUGGCCCUUCUGCUCAGCAUUAUGGGCGUGAGAGCACUGGGUGAGACGGACUUAAAUCCUGUGUCGGGAAUCAGUAAAUUGGCGCAGUUGUUCUUUGCCCUUAUAAUACCACAGUCGCAUAAGUCUAGUGUAUUGAUCAACCUUGUGGCGGGUGCAGUGUCCGAAGCAGGUGCUCUACAAGCCGGGGACCUCAUGCAGGACUUAAAGACAGGCCAUCUUCUCGGUGCCGCACCUGAUGCUCAGUUUUGGGGGCAGGUUAUUGGCGCAACGGCUGGUGCUGUCGUGAGCGCUCUUGUCUACCAAUUAUACGCGGCGGUCUAUGCAAUUCCUGGUGAUCUGUUCCAGGUCCCGACGGGCUACGUCUGGAUCUUCACCGCCAGACUCGUUACCGGGAAAGGUCUGCCACCGAAUGCCAGGGAAUGGGCAUUUGCCUUUGCCAUUAUUUUUGCUAUCACGACUAUGAUAAGGACAACGGCGACUGGCAAAGCAUGGCGGUCUUUUAUACCGGGCGGAAUCGCAGUGGCUGUGGGAAUGUACAACGUUCCAUCCUUCACGUUGGCACGGACGGUCGGCGGCUUGCUCAGCUGGUAUUGGAUCUCGCGGCGAGGGCAGUCCAGCACACCAUUGAUUGUGCUUGCGUCGGGCUUCAUUCUAGGAGAGGGCUUCCUGAGCAUUGUCAAUCUUGUGCUGCAGAGCCUUAGUGUACCGCAUUACUAG